AUGGCUCCGCCGAAAGGACUCAGAAGAGCUCUCAAAUCCCCAAGGAGCAUUGAACCCGACUUAAGAGCCUCCCUCUCGCUCGCCUUCCCCGUCGUUGCCCCACAGAUCGCCAAGGAGCUGAUUGUGCGAGCCAAGGCCAGUCUACGUGGCGCAACGCCAGCUGACGUGGCAGCUGGCGUGGCGCAGCUCUCCGCCGCAGUGGACCGCGCGCCGUGGCUGGCGGCGUUGCUGCAGGAGAUCCGCGCGCGCGCGUUGAUGCGCCUGCAGCGGUACGAGGAGGUGGUGGCGGUGCUGGCGGAGUAUCUUCCGGAUUUAUCUACAGCGCACAACACCAUGCACUACAGUGAGUUUGUGGGGCGGAGAUGUGAGGAAGGGAGUGCGCCGAUGUGCCUGCAGCGGUACGAGGAGGUGGUGGCGGUGAUGGCGGAAUACCUGCCGGACCUGUCUACUGUGCACAACGCCAUGCACUACACGGAGGACGAGAACAAGACAGCCACGGACAUGUGGCACUGUCUGCUACUGGGGCAGGCCACCUACCACCUGGGAUGGCUGGACGAGGCGCUCGUGCUGCUCAGACGCGCCAAGAGGCUCAGCCAGGCUGUAGCGCGCAAGGAGAGUGCGAUGAUGGACGAGGACCAAUUCCCAGUGUUCGACGCCUCCCACCCCGCAGCCAUGGCGCCCCUCUCCGCGUCCUCAUCAGCGGGGGAGACCCUCAACCGCCUCAUCCUCGUCAUCCGCUUCCUGCUCUGGCGCCGCUCUGCCGGCGACGCUGCGUUUGCUGCCGGGCUCUACCCGGAGGCUGUCCGGCACUACUCCAAAGUUCUCGAGUCCAAGAAGGGCAUUCCUCAGUCACUAGCCGCCUCUCUCUUCCUCCGCCGAGCCGCAGCCUUCCAAGCCUCCAGCCGCAUCGCCGAUGCUAUCGCCGACUGCUCCCGAGCCUCAGCCCUGGAGCCUCACCGAGCCGACGCGCUCUGGUGCCGAGCCUGCCUCUACCAGUCCGUCGGCUGCUUCCAGGAAGCUUCCCAAGACCUGGAGCGGCUCCUUUCGUUCUAUCAGGAAUUGCUGGCGUCAGCAGGAGGAGGGAGGGACCUGUGGUUACGGUUACAGAUCAGCUGCGGGUUCUGUGCUGCUUGCUUCUUUGACGAAGCUGUAAGCGGGGCAGCAAGGGCAGGGUCAGGGGCCGGGGCGGGGGCAGGGGCCGGGGUAGGGGCGCGGAGUGCAGGGGAAGCAGGGGAGCAAGUGGGGGCGGUGGUGGGGAAGAAGGGGGGGACCGGGAGGUGUACGCUGUGUGGGAGAGUGAGGUCUGCGAGACUGGGCGCAGGAGACUCAGGGCUGGUUGCUGCUUUGGAGCUAGGGCUUGGAGGGGAGAAGCGGAAGUUUGUCGGCAGGCAGAGGGGCCUUAGGCGGUGGUUUGCCAAUGCGGUUGUGCACGUUGGGAGGUGGUUGGUGGCGGUGGGGAGGGUGUUGGGAGUGGUGGCGCAGGAGGAGGAGGACGAGGCGGGGUGGUGGCGGGAGCAGACGAAUAUGGAAGUUGCCGAGAAGCAUCUCACGUGGGAGCACGUGCGGCGGGUGAAGGCUAAGUUGGAGAGAGUACGGGCAGAGGGGGCAGCAGCUGAAGCAGCAGCAGCGACGGCGGCGGCGGCUGCGGCGGCAGCAGGGGCGGAUAGUCAUGGAGAGGGAGCGGUGGGGGAGGGAGGUGAGGGGAGGGAGGGAGGGAGUGACUGGAGGGGUGUGAGGGAUGUGAGGGAUGUGGCAGUUAGUCAGCGCAGACUGAUGGACCAUGCUCGCAUCUUAGGCCUCUCCACCUCCACUGCUGCGUCUAUAGGCGCUCUCUCCUCCUCCCUCGCCCGCUCACUCUCCAUCACAAGAGGAGCAGCAGCAGGAGGAGGAGGAGGAGGAGGAGGAGGAGGUGAGGGCGCUGGUGGAGGGUUGGGUAGUGCCCCGUCCUCUCUGCCUCAAUCCCCCAGCUAUUCCCAGCAGCAGGAGCAGCGGGAACAGCGGGAGCAGCAGCGGGAGCAACAGAGGGAGGCACUACGGGAAGGGCUAGCAGCGUCCCUAGCUCUAGCUGCCUACCGCAUUGCCCUCAUCCGUAACUCAGAAGCCCGCGCCCUCACGUUCGUUGAGAAGUGUGCUAUCAGGGACGGGCGGAGCUCUGAAGAAGUGAAAGACGAGGUGAUGCAUGAAUGGGCGAGACUGGAUGGCGUGUUACAGGAGGCUUACGCACAGCUGAUACAGGCCACGGGAGGGAACAAGGACUCUGCUGCUGCUGCCGCUGCUGCUCUGCAGGUUCAUGACUUAGACGAUAUGGAUGGGGAGGAUGGGGAAGGGGAGGGGGACGGGGAUGAGGAUGGGGGAGCGGAGUGGGGGGAAGGAGAGGGGGAAGGGGAAGGGGGGGAUGCGGAGGGCCGGAUGCGGAGACGGGGGGAGAGAAGGAAGCUGUUUGGAAGGAGGCUGCCUGGGACGCCGAGUUUUAAUCUGAGGAGAGGUGGGGAUGAGAUGGAUGUUGGGCGGAUGCUGAGGGGGAAGUCUAAGAGAGCAGGGGAAGGGGGCGGUGAGCGAGAGAGUAGGGUUAGGGGCAGGGUGGCGAGUACGGGCAGGGAGAGUGAUAGUGAGGGUGAGUAUGAGCGGGAGCAGUGGCACCCUAGCGGAGGUGAUUAUAACGAAGGGGCUGACUCUUUUGUGGAUCGGUUGGUUGUGCAUGAGGGGGGUAAAACGGGGGGAGAGAGUGACACUGAGUGGGGGAAAAUGCGGGAGUGGGGGAGGAUGCGGAAGUGGGGACGGAAGAGGAGGGGAGGGGCGGCGGGAGGGGGGAGGAGGGAGAGUGAUAGUGAGAGUGACGCAGAAAGUGAUAGGAGGUUCAGGGGCGGGAGUGGGGAGUGGCUUAGAGGCACAGCCAGUGCAGGUGUGGGAGGGGGAGGGGUGGGAGGAGGAGGGAGUGAGAGUGAUAGUGAUCGUGAAGGGGCUAGUGAGAGUGAGAGGAUAAAUGAGCUGAUUAUGGGGGAGGGGCCGCUUGGAGGGGCGUUGACAGGGGAGGGCCGGUUGGGGGGGCUGUCAGGAGUGGGAGCGGCAGGAGGAGAAGCAGGAUCAGGCGGAGCAGGAGGGGCCGCUGGAGGCGCAUUAGCAGGAGGAGGAGGAACAGCAGCAGGUGACGUGGCAGGGGGUUCGGGCUCAUUCCCCUCCUUCCCUUCUCUCUCCGAUACGCUGACGUCAACAGGGCAGAGCGAGGAAGCUUCCUUUGCAACUUCUGAAACGUCAAGCCUCGGGGGUGUGGAGGAGGAAGGGGAGGGAGAGCAGGCGGAGUUUCCCUUGGGAAGUGAGAUGGGGGAGAAAGGAAGGGCAGACAAGGGAAGGACAGAGAAGGUGGGAGAAUCAGCAGGAGAUCAGGAACAGCAGGGGAUGGAGCAUUCGGCAGCUGCGGCAGCAGGGGCAGGAGGGGGUGGUAUGGGCCGUGCAGCUUCAUUCUCAUUCUACAACCAGGUCCCAAUCACACCAGGCCAUUCCACCACUCCACCUGCUGCCGCUGCCGUUGCCACAGCAGCUGCCGCUGCUGUGGCUACUGGAUCUUCCAUAGGUCACGCUAUCCCUGCCUUGUCCCAUUCCUCCUCUUCUUCCUCCUCCCCGUUAAUCUCUCUUUCCUCUCUUCCAUUUGCCGGCACUCCUUCCUCUGCCACCUACACUCCUUCCGGCCCUUCUUCUGCUGCUCCCACCACACUAGAACGGCUGCUGAUUGGUAAGCCUUCGACUCCACCUUCCCGCACGCUUUCGUCCUCCAUUCCGUCCUCUGUAUUGGCUGCUUCGUUAUCAGGCAGCCCGAUGGGAGGGAAGAAAGAAAAGGAGGAAGGGUUCACGCCUAAUGUUGGUGGUGCUGCCGGUGUUGCAGCUGGAGGUGGUGGUGGUGCUGCUGCUGGUGCUGCUGCUGGUGCUGCUGCAGCAGCAUUGUCCUUCACUGAUGAUGCGCCAAUUCCAUCCAAUCCACGAUCCCGUUCGGCGAUGGAGGAAGAAUUGAAGCAUAAAGGGGCCGCAGCUGCAGCAGCAGCAGCAGCAGGAGGAGGAGGAGCAGGAGGAGAAGGGGGAAUAGGAGAAACGGGAGGAACCAUGAGGCGCAGUAAGAGUGCUAAGGGCGUUGUAGAGGAGGGGGAUGAGGAGGGGGCGAUAGGGGGGGAGGGGGAGGAGGGGGAAGAGUGUGGGGAGGGCGAGGGGGGGGAGGCGGCAACACCGAGUGCAGUGGAAGGGAGGGGUGCAAAGAAGAUGGUGGCGCAGGCUGUGUUGGGGGGCCUCAAGAAGGGGUUGAGAACAGGGUCGCAGCUGGGAAAGAAGAUUGCUGCUGCUACUAUGAGCCCCCAGAGAGGGCUCAAGAAGGGGUUGAGGACAGGGUCGCCGCUGGGAAAGAAGCUUGCUGCUGCCACUAUGAGAAGUCAGAGGGCUCUCGCGACAGCCAUCACCAAGGAGGUAGACCUGAUGAACACCAAGAUCGCAGCCACCAUUCGCAGCAGAGCUGGCUCGUCCAUACCCACCCCCCUCACAUUCCCCUUCUCCUCCCCCGUUUCCUCAUAUCCCCCUUCCCUCGCAACCCUACAGGGCCCUCGCGACAGCGAUCACCAAGGAGGUGGACCCAUGAACACCAAGAUCACCAUGUUGUUCUGCAAUGCCCCAAAUCGCAUCCACCCCGCACCCAUCCACCCUCUUGCUUGCAGGGCCCUCGCGACAGCGAUCACCAAGGAGGUAGACCUGAUGAACACCAAGAUCGCAGCCACCAUUCGCAGCAGAGCUGGCUCGUCCAUUGCCCCCACCGCCCCCACUGCUCUCGCCCCCACCACCACCGCUGCAGCAGAGGCAGCAGCUGCAGCGUUUGAAGCAGCGAGUGCAGCAGGUGCAGCAGCAGUGGGAGAUGGGGCAGCAGGAAUGUCAACAGGGAUGGGGCCAGGGGUGGGAGCAGGAAUGUCAACAGGGAUGGGGCCAGGGGUGGGAGCAGGAAUGUCAACAGGCAUGGUUCUAGGGGUGGGAGCAGGAAUGUCAACAGGCAUGGUUCUAGGGGUGGGAGCAGGAAUGGGAGCAGGGAUGAGAGCAGGAAUGGGAGCAGGGAUGGGAGCAGGGAUGGGAGCAGGAGCAGCAGCAGGCGUUGAUGGUGCUGCUGCUGGUGCUGCUGGUGGUGCUGCUGCUGGCAGUGCUGCUGCCGCUGCUGCUGCUGGCUGUGGUGCUGGCAGUGCUGCUGCAGCUGCUGCUGUUGCUGUAAUGAAGCAAUCCCUGUCAGGUGAAGAUAGCAGGGAUGGAGGAGGCAUCUAA